AUGGAAUACGAUGAUGAGCAAAUCCAGCUUGCUCACUAUAUAUUUUUAGCCAAUCUGCCACCUGACAAAGUAUUGGUCAAAACCUCAAACAACUCUUGUACCAGGAAGUCAUUGUGGUCCUUAAACCCUCGCUCAUUCGUAGAUGCUGAAGUUAUAACAGCGGUGGCCUGCCACUUGACUCUAGAAGAGCCGUGGACAAAUUCUAAGGACGGAAAAAGAGUGUGCUAUCUGCCUGCUGAACUACAGGAACUAGUGAUUUCAUGUGGAAUAACACCCAAGAGGGCAUUAGACCUAUACGAAUCAAAAUUCCUUAGUCGAACCAAUAUGGUGAACAAGGUGUGUGUUCCGAUGAGAGAUAAUGCCCAUUGGUACUUGGCUGUCAUUAAGUUGGACAAGGAAGAAGUCCAUAUCUUGGAUCCACAACCAAAUGAAGACCGCAAUUCCUUUCGACUACAAUAUGUUCAAACAAUGAUGAGAUUUAUGCAAGCCUUUUGGAAGAUUCUCUAUCGUGAACAAGGUCCGGGAUUGUCGCCACCAAGGAUUGCGGAGUUUUCGUACACAAUCCUUCAAAGGAUCAAGAACAACUUCAUCGGUAAGUCUGACAGUGGAGUUUGGGUCUGCAUGUGGAUGUAUGGCGCAAGCUGGGACUCCUCUUAUAUUUGGCCAUGCACUCAAGUGAGGAUGAUGCAGAUCGCUUUGUACCUUGUUCGAGAGCCCAUGAACUACAUAAGGCAUAUGGUGCUCACGGAAGCAAGAACAGUUGCACCUCAAGUUGAAGCUGCAGUCGAAGAGUACAAGAAAGCCCAUGAAAGAAGGAAAAAGGAAAGAGAAGAGAACAAGGAAACCCAGUCAAAGAGCCCAAGGACAACCUGA